UACUGGCACACACUGACUAUGCUCUGUGUUUAAAGAGCAAAGAAUUAUCUCAGGAAAAAGAUACGCAAAACAAAAAACAAAAAAGGAACUUUGCCUGUCGAAGAGUGGGACAGGCACUCAAGGAAAAUAAAUACCUUUUUCCAUUCUGAGAGGAAAAUAACGUGUGAUGGCAACAAAAAUGACACUUGCCAUUGUUUGGAUGUUUAUGCUCACAUGGCAUUGUCCAGUCAUUUCCUACCGAAAAAUCCAACAUGGGAUGAAAGAUUCAGAGAUCAGGAGGGACCACGCGGAGCAGGACUACUAUCGUGAUGCCAGGAGUACAGAGUGUCGCCGGUGCUGUGACCCAGGAGAGUAUGCCAGCCAGGACUACCCACAGUACCGGAUUGUACCUCAGAUCAACAUUACCUUAUUGAAAGGUGAGAAAGGUGAGGUUGGUGAAAGGGGAGCUUAUGGUAAACCAGGCAGAACAGGUCAAAUGGGCCCACCAGGUUCUAGUGGCACGAAAGGAAGCAAAGGUAGCAUGGGUGUUCCAGGGGAGCCCUGCAAGUCCUCCUUUGCAGCCUUCUCUGUGGCCCGCAAGAAGGGUCUCCACUCCAACCACUAUUACCAGACACUGACAUUUGACACAGAGAUAGUAAAUCUUUACGGACACUUCAACAUGUUUUCAGGUAAGUUUUAUUGCUAUGUGCCGGGGAUCUACUACUUCAGUCUGAAUGUGCACACAUGGAACCAAAAGGAGACUUACCUUCACGUGAUGCACAAUGAAAAGGACGUUGUGGUCCUCUACGCGCAACCCAGUGAUCGCUCCAUCAUGCAAAGCCAAAGUCUGAUGUUGGAACUUGAAAGCGGUGACCAGGUCUGGGUCAGACUCUACAAAGGAGAACGUGAGAAUGCCAUCUUCAGUGACGAAAUCGACAUUUACAUAAUAUUCAACGGGCAUCUGAUUAAACACAAAGAUGAGCUUUAGAUUACACAGUGGCCUAGUUUUAAUGGUAAUAUAGUAUUAAUGGCAAUGGUUCAAUGGUAAAAUAUUACUAGGAAAUUGGUUUGGAACUUGUUCAGUUGAUCAUCAUUAUUGCUCUAGAAUUUUUAAAUAUAUGCAGUGGUGGUACAUAAGUAUAUGAACUGAAUUUCUUGAACUGAACUGAAACAUAUUACAAUACUUUGUUACAUUGGGUCAAUUCAUAUAAUUUAAUUUUAAUAGCUUUACCUUUGGUACAUGUGCUUCAUAACAUACUGUUCACAUAUGCACUGUACAGAGCGAGGCAUAACAGAAGAUUAUGGUGUAGCCCAACUAACAUGCAAAUCAACAAUUAAAAUCAGUGUAAAUAUUAGUCCAAUAGUCAAGUGCCAGAAAAUGUUUUGUGAUUUAGACAAAAACCUUUUAAUGAAUGGCAAGCUUUGCAAGUUGUGCAUUGUUAGAUAUUUCAGAGGGUUUUACAGUAACAUACUGGAAACACUGUUGCGUUGCCAGUAAGUUAUCCCUCAUCAUUCUUCCCUGUUUAAUAAUUUAUUCUUUGGUCCAUGUCCCAUUAGCUCUCAAAGUUGAAUAAUAACAAACAAAUAAACUGUUUCUAUAAUAACUUCCUUGGUGGAGGCAAUAGGGUGACAAUUAACUCUUACUUAUAGGCAGAUUUAUUUACAGUAUAUAGUCAAUUUCAUACAAGGAUGUAAUUCAAUAUGCUUUACACAGAGCUAAAUAAGGCAAAUAACAUAAAUAUAUACAAUUACAUCAAGUAAGAUCAACAAACACAAGUGUGCUAAAAUGAAGAAAUAAAACAACACUUUCUCGAAUGUGAGCCAGUAUGAGAGCUGUUUCGUAUACAGCACUGUAAUCAACAAUCACAAUAAUAAAGACAUUCAAAGAUUUAUAACUCUCUGACAAUGUCAGCCCAAACUGACUGGGAAGUUUCGCAUUACCAGUAAUGAAUAUAAUACUGUAAAUAAAUAAUGACCAGUAAGUGUUCUAUAUGUUUAUAAUACAUUGUUGUCCAAAACAUUUAUACAUGUAUAAAAUAAAACUCUGUUACUGUAAGGGAAUGCUUUCUAUCCAUAUGCCUUUCUUAUUUAAAAUGAAAAAUAUAUUGUUGAAUACCAAACUGUAUAUUGUACUAUAUAUUUAAGGGUAUCACAAACAACUGAAGUACCAUUAUAAACUCCCUUUCUUUAAGUUUUCCGUCAAUCUUCAGAUUUAAAUAAUUUUAGACCCAUCUCCAAACUCCCAUUUUUAUCUAAAAUUGUAGAAAACAAAAAAGGUCUCUUACCAGUUAAUCUCUUUUAUGAGCAAUAAUUAGUUGUUUGAGAAAUUUCACUCUGGUUUUCACAGAGCACUGAGACUGCUUUGGACAAGGUCUCUAAUGAUUUGCUGCUUGCAACUGACACAGGCCAGUCUUCUAUUUUAAUACUCCUUGACCUCAGCCCAGUAUUUGACACUGUGGACCAUGAUGUCUUGCUCAACCGUCUGAAAAAUUCGUUGGCAUCACUGAUGUCAAAUAUGUCCAAUUCUCGGUCAUGAUCGGUGGCACCUCCUCCUUCAGGAUUCCGUUUCUAUAUAGGGUCCCCCAGAGGUCGAUCAUGGGCCCCCUUUUAUUCACCAUUUACAUGUUAACUCUUUGGUAAAUCAUCCGUAAACAUAACAUCAACUUUCAUUGUUAUGCAGAUGAUACACAAUUAUAUGUCCCAUUAAAAUCUGGUUGCACCUACUUGUCACAUAUUAUAUCUUGUUUGGCAAUCAGUGGAUACAAAAAAAAUUCUUACAACUUAACGACUCCAACUCAGAAGUGAUCAUGAUUAACUCUCCCGGCCACGUCACUAGUAGUAUCAAUAACCUCUCCUCUGGUCUAGGUGCCCUCUCUUCAAAUACAGUAUUUGCAAUGAGGACCGGAACUUGGGUUUAAUUUUUUACUCUAACUUAUCAUUUGACACCCAGAUAACCAAAGUUCUACAUUCGUGUUUCUCACACAUCAGAAAACAACAAAAAUCAUUCCUUUCCUUUGCUGACUUUGAAAAGAUUACUCAUGCCUUUAUCACAUCCAGACUUGACUACUGCAAUGCAUUUUACUCUGGCAUCACCAAAGGCAAUAGCCAAAGACUGCAUUUAGUCCAAAAGUCUGCUGCCAGGUUUUUAACAGAAGAAGAGACCACACCACACCAGUUCUUGGUGCCCUUCACGAGUAACCUGUGAGUUUUAGAAUUGAUUUUAAGAAUUAACUUCUUUUUCUUAAAGUUUUUAAUGGUCAGGCUCCGGCUUAUAUCUGUGAUCUGCUUACUCCCUGUAAGCCUAAUUGCUGCCUGAGAUCUUCAAGUAGGGCCCCCCUUAAGGUUCCAAUAACUCACAUGGUCACUAAGGGUGACCAGGCCCCUCAACUGUGGGGACUCCCUGCUUGAGGAUCUCAGGCAGCAAACUCAAUGUCCUCUUUUAAAUCUCUUCUGAAGACUCACUUUCAUCGUUUGGCAUUUCUUAACUGUUAAUAUUUCUAACUCUUAUCUUUACUGUGUUAU